AUGCAAAUUUCUGCUAGACAUGUUGUUAUUUCUCAAAAUGAAAUCUAAACUAUUGUGAUACUCUCAUUUACCAAUCCCAACGGUAACUAUAAUUCAAUGACUGUAUCAGGUUCUCUUCAAACACCAGGCAAACCAUCGCGUCAUAUGUGUUCUGGUCAAAGCAACUGUUCCUCCGAUCGUCCUCAUCAUCCGCAAUAUUAUUAUUGA